AUGGAGUUGGUUGUGGAGAUCCUGACAGGGAGGUUCUUCCAUGUUGAGGUGGAGGACGACGCAACCGUGGGGAGUCUGAAGAAAGCCAUCGCGAGCAAGGAGAUGUUUCAGGAGCAGAGGCUGGUGCUGAUGCUGAGCAAUGGCCGGCUGCUGCGGGAUGAUCAGUGCGCCCUUGCCGAGUGUGGCGUCGUUGAUGGCUCCAUCAUCUACCUCUUCUUUACGUCGGUUGGGAACCCUAACUGGCUCACCUUCUUUGAGGACUUCGUGACCUUCUUUGUAAGGGAUUGUUGACGGCUUUGGCACUUCAUGUGCCCCGAUCUUUCUUCUAUCUAUCUCAUAUACUCUGCCUCUUCUGAUCUAGAAU